GAAAUAAGAAUGGCAGCACACGUUGUGUUUAAUUCUGCAAAUAUAUUGAAAUUAUUCGCGGCAAAUACGUAUACUGGGCAUUGUAUCAACGGCAUUAUUUACAAAAUCCAGGCAUGCGGAUAUGCCAAGAAACCCACCGCAAAAGGAAAAGGGAAAGGAAUGACAAAAGAGGUUCUGAAGGGCCCAGAUGUGUGUAAGGAUCCUGUGAAGUUAACAACUCAUGCUGUGGGGGUCAACAUUUUCAAAGAAGGCCAGGACCCCCCUCUGCGUCCUUUCGAGGAGUACCCUGAGUGGCUGUUCCAGCUGAAUCUGGGGCCUCCUAAGAAGUUGCAAGAGCUGGGCCCAGAGAGCCGCCAGUACUGGAAGGUUCUGCGAAAGGAACACAUGUGGCGCUUCAACAGGUUAAGCAAGGGCAAAAGAUUUUAAAGGACCUUAUCAGCUGAUUUUGCUCAUAGCUAUACAGACAAGCUCAGCCUGGACAUCAAGGCAUGGUCUUGUGGGACUUGACUUGGCUAGUUCUGAUGUUUUUACUUCUCAUGAAAAAAAACAAAUCUAGUCUGUCCGCCUUAAGCAUCCUUAGCCUGCCUGACAUUUUUGCGAAGUGGACUCGAAAGAUCGUCUUGUGGCCUGGGGUUCCUGAUGAUGGGGGGAAAAGUUUGUCAUGGUUUUCAGAGUUUGUGAAUGUCAUUGUAUUCUUCCUGUUUCCAACAAGACAAAUGUGGAUCUAACGAGGUUCCUUUAUAAAUAAUUUUAAUGUAAUGCUGGUGAUGUAAAAAUACUAUUUAAUAAGAUAAGAUAUAAAUAAGAUAUACUUUUAUUGAACCCCGUGGGGUAAUUUGUCCUCUGCAUUUGACCCAGUUACUUAGGAGCAGUGGGCCCUUAUGACUAUAAAUAAUAUAAUGGCUGAUGAAUAUCAUAAAAAGUGCAAGUUCUGGAAAUAGGUGGUGAUCACAAUAUUAGGACAUAUCCAAGAACACAAUGCAUAUUUCUUGUACGUGUACCGAUAUGGUGCAUUCUCCCAAGUAAUGUUUAUUGUUGCAAAGGAAAAUAAAGUACUUGUGUUCAUUACUGAAAA